ACCAAAAAUUACCUUACAAGGUAUAAAAACGAAAAGCGUUGAGAGGCAAUCAAGGCCUCUCCCAGCUCUUUUGCCUUUCCCGUUAACCGAGUGGCUCGUCCCUUAUGCUCAGACCAUCGCACACGAUUGCUUCGCGCUUUUUGCCUUUAAAGGCAGAAAUGCGCGCCGCAGAAAAGCAAUCGUACUCGAUGUCCAUAGCACGCCAGGUGCUUUAAAAGAAGCGCGCAAAAUGUGUGGAUUUGCCACAACACACGCGCUAUUCAUCCACUUCAGGGAUUUAAUUCAAUCUCGCAGAUCUUCCACAAACGCUUCUCUUCUCUCAAACCCUAUCACAAGAUGCCUGCUGCAAACCGUGUUCAUAUACCUGUCGAUUGCCCUGUCUGCCACAAGACUGUAAGCCGCAAGGCAGAUCUUUCUAGACACAUGCGCAUACACGAUGGAAACAAGGAGGCCCUUAUGCACGCAUGCCCCUUCCCUGACUGCGAUUACAAGACCCUCCAAAAGUCCAACGUGCAGACGCACAUCAGGACCCACACCCGCGAACGCUCCAAGAUAUGCCCUCACCCUGGGUGCGCGUUUGCCACCACCGAUCCAGGUAGCUUGACGCGUCACCGCAAGCAACUGCACGGAUACGAGCCCAAAGCCCGUCGCAACCACGGUGGUAGAGCUGCUCGCCAGUCCGCUGCCGCUCCUUACUCCCCCCCUCGACCCAUGAAGGCAGACUUAGGAGACUCCUGCAUCGUCGGAUCCGGAGCUGAUCUCCGAUGUCGACUUCCAGUACCAGCCCGUCCCGAUGCUAACUUUUCGUACCCGCCCGGAAACAAUCUGAACUAUUCCCAACCAGACGUAUUCGAAGACUUUUUGCAGAACAAUGGCUCGGGCUAUUUUGACGGCUGCAUGUACCAGUACAACACAACAUACCCGAUGACCCAGCCCUCGGUUUCGAGCGGACACCACGUUUAUUGAAUCAUUCACUUUUUAUCCUUUAUUUCGUUGUCACAUACAUUGCAUUAUCAUUGGCAUCAGAAUUACAUCUUCACUGGAACACGACAUUAUCAUUAUUCUUCAUUUAUAUCGCAUCACUUGCAUUCUUCAUACGCACUUUUAGCAUUGUGAUCUUCACCCUUGUAAAUUGCAUAAGCAUUUUGUAUCAUUAAACGAAUCUCAAUGAUAUUACUAUCAAACCUCCAGUCACGACUGAUCAGAUUGAUUG